AUGUCUCGCCGUCUCGAAGGAAAAGUCGCAAUCGUCACCGGCGGCGCGUCCGGCUUCGGCAAGGGCAUCGCCACCAAGUUCAUCCAAGAGGGAGGCAAGGUCAUAGUGGCCGACCUGUCAGCAGAAGCCGGGCAGGCGGUGGCCAGCGAGCUCGGCUCCUCGGCGGCCUUCCAGAGGGCCGACGUGACCAAACGAGAAGACUGGGAGCAGCUGCUCAAGACGGCGACCGGGCAGUUCGGCGGCCUGGACGUCGUGGUGAACAACGCCGGGACCACGUACCCGAACAAGCCCACCGAGCAGGUCACGGACAAGGAGUUUGACGUGUGCUUCACGGUCAACGUCAGGUCGAUCUACCUCUGCACCAACGUCCUGCUGCCCUACUUCCUCGGGAGCGGGCGCCCGGGAUCCUUCAUCUCGCUGGCUUCGACCGCGGGCGUGAGGCCUCGGCCGGGCCUGGCGUGGUACAAUGCAUCCAAGGCCGCAGUCAUCAAUGCCACAAAGUCGAUGGCUGUCGAGUACGGACCGAAGCAGAUCAGGUUCAAUGCUGUCUCGCCGGUGUUUGGCAGUGGCACGGGCCUCUCGGCCUCUUUCCUGGGCAAGCCUGAUACUGAAGAGAACCGCACGGCGUUCGUGGCAACUGUGCCUCUGGGACGCGGGUCCACGGCCGACGACGUGGCGAACGCUUGCUGUUACCUUGCCAGUGACGAAGCCAAUUUCAUCACUGGUGUCAACUUGGAGGUGGAUGGAGGCCGAAGCACACCACCAAAGUCACCCCCGCAAAAAUCCCCGGCACGGUCCCCGACCCGGCCUGCUUGGGACGCCGACACGGAGGAGACGCCCCUGCUCGCCGCCGCGCACGACGAGGGACGAGAUGAGCAUGAGCAGGCUGCGCUGCUCGAGCCGCCUCAGAACGAGUCAAAGCGUACCAGAAGCUGGUGGUUCUGGCGGAUACUGUGGGCCGUCCUCGGUGCACUCGUGCUUGCCGUCUUCAUCAAGGGGUGGAUCGAUGCCAAGGAUGUUGAUUUUGAUCUCAAGGGCGCUCUGAAGCGGGCCCUCGGUGGCGGGUUGAGCGGUGCUGCGGCUAUGGUGCUCCAGGUCUUGUUGCUGAUGUGGAUUCGAACCAUCAUGAACUAUCAGUAUCGUCAUGGCUCCUCUCUCACCACAGCCACCAAGACCCUCUACGCCGAAGGCGGCAUCCCUCGCUUCUACCAGGGCGCCGGCUGGGCUCUGAUCCAAGGCCCGGUCUCCAGGUUCGGGGACACAGCUGCCAACGCCGGUAUCCUUGCUCUGCUCCAGUCCAACGGCUACUUGAGCCAGUUGCCCAGUCUCAUUCAGACCGUCUUUGCGUCUGUCUGUGCCGCGGCAUUCCGCAUGAUCUUGACCCCCAUCGACACCUUCAAGACCACGAUGCAGGCCCAAGGUGCUCGAGGCACUGCGCUGCUCCGCAGGCGUGUCAAGGAGAAUGGCAUCGGCAGUCUAUGGUGGGGCGCCUUCGCGACGGCUGCUGCCACAUUUGUUGGGCAUUACCCCUGGUUCGCAACGACCUACCGUCAGGUCAACGACACCCAGGUCUCCUACACCGAGGCUGCUAGGCUGGUCAUUCUGCAAGACGGCGUUCUGGGCCUAUUUGGCCGUGGCCUCAAGACACGUAUCAUCGCGAACGGUUUGCAGGGCAUCCUGUUCUCCAUCCUUUGGAAGCUCUUCCUUGAUUUGUGGGAGAGAUCAACCUCUUGA